AUGAUGAAAUUCGCAUGGGAUAACUACAAACAAUAUGCACUUGGAAAAAACGAACUGCGACCGCUGACUAAGAAUGGCCACAUCGGUAACAUGUUUGGAGGCCUUCGAGGAGCUACGGUAGUAGACGCCUUAGAUACUCUGUACAUCAUGGAACUCGAGGAGGAAUUCCAAGAAGCAAAGAAGUGGGUGGAGAAGAGCUUUGACUUGAAUGUGAAUGGAGAAGCAUCCUUGUUUGAGGUGAACAUCCGCUAUAUUGGAGGACUGUUGGCCGCAUACUACUUAACUGGAGAAGAGGUGUUCAAGAGUAAAGCUCUGGAACUUGGAGAGAAACUUUUGCCAGCUUUUAACACCCCCACUGGUAUCCCACGUGGCGUCAUAAAUCUGGGCAGUGGCAUGAGUUGGAGUUGGGGUUGGGCAUCUGCCGGAAGCAGCAUCUUAGCAGAAUUUGGUACCUUGCACUUAGAAUUCCUGCACCUCUCGGAGCUCUCUGGCAACCCGGUGUUUGCAGAAAAGGUGAUGAACAUCCGCAAAGUCCUGAACAGAGUUGAGAAGCCACAGGGCCUUUAUCCCAACUUUCUCAGCCCAGUGACGGGAAACUGGGUGCAGCACCAUGUCUCCAUUGGGGGGCUUGGGGACAGCUUUUAUGAAUAUCUCAUCAAAUCUUGGCUGAUGUCAGACAAGAAAGACUCUGAAGCUAAAAAGAUGUAUGAUGAUGCACUAGAGGCAAUAGAAAAGCAUUUGGUCAAAAAGUCUGCUGGAGGAUUGACCUACAUUGCUGAAUGGAGGGGUGGCAUCUUGGAUCACAAAAUGGGCCACUUGGCUUGCUUCUCUGGGGGCAUGAUAGCACUUGGAGCUGAACACGCGGGUGAAGAGAGGAAGCAACAUUACGUGGACCUCGCUGGAGAAAUAACAAACACGUGUCACGAGUCUUAUGCACGCUCAGAUACCAAACUUGGCCCCGAAGCCUUUCGCUUUGAUGCUGGAACUGAAGCCAUGGCAACCAGACUCAGCGAGCGUUACUACAUCCUACGUCCAGAAGUGGUAGAAAGCUACAUGUACAUGUGGCGGCUGACACACGAUCCCAAGUACAGGCAGUGGGGCUGGGAGGUUGUGAAGGCCCUGGAAAAACAUUGUAGAGUAGAAGCUGGUUUUUCUGGCAUCCGAGAUGUUUACACCACAACCCCAACCCAUGACAACAUGCAACAGAGUUUUUUCCUCGCAGAGACUCUGAAGUACCUCUAUCUUCUGUUCUGUGAAGAUGACGUGCUGUCCCUGGACGACUGGGUGUUCAACACAGAGGCUCACCCCCUGCCAGUCAACCACACGAACUUUAAAGCAAGUGUGCAGUAGUGAGGCCAUUGCCCAGCACCCUGCUUCUGCAGCGUCGGCGGGUUACUGCAUUUCCUUUCCAUUAAAGGAAUUCGCAUUGUUCCUAAAAUGGUAUUUUGGGGCACUAGUCCAAUUCCGGACAGUAUUAUAUUGGGAAGAUGAAACCAUGAAGUAAGCACCUUCUUUUCCUCUGUGAGGAGCUCUAUUAGCCUGAUAAUGAGAUGUUUAUUCUGGGCCAUAUUGUACACAGUUCAUAGACAUUCCUUUAUACAGAGAAUUUAUAUGAAAUCCACUGACUUUGCUUUAUAGUGGCCAAAGGACCGGAAGUUUGCCAUAAAAUAGACUUCACACACCCAUCCUCCUUUCGUUUUUCUGUUUCAUUUUUGCCUUUUAUAUACUCUUGGAUUUAUCACCUUUCUAAUUAACAGUUUUCAAUAUACUGUGCUUUCUAGGUGGUAGGCUUGCUAGGCUCUUCAGGAAGGACAGGAUAGGAGAAGGAGGAAGGGGAGUUGCCCUUUAUGUGAGAGAGCAGCUGGAGUGCAUGGAGCUCUGCCUGGGGAUGGAUGAGGAGCUGAAUGAGAGUUUAUGGGUUAGGAUUACAUUGAGGAGAGGUAAAGGUGACAUUAUGGUGGGUGCCUGCUAUAGGCCACCUGACCAGGGAAAACAAGAGGAUUGGGCCCUCUACAGACAGAUGGGAGCAGCCUCAGGUUUGAAUUUGUAGGCCCUGGUCCUCAUGGGGGACUUCAACCACCCUGGGAUCUGCUGGAGGGACAACACAGCAGGACCUAAGCCAUCCAGGAGGUUCCUUGAGUGGACUGAUGACAACUUGCUCCUCCAAGUGACAGAGGAGCCAACAAAGAGAGGUGCUCUGCUGGACCUUGUACACACCAACAGACAGGGGCUCGCCGGGGAUGUGAAGACCAAAGGCAGCUUUGGCUGCAGUGACCAUGAAAUGGUGAUAUUCAGGAUCCUGAGGGCAGGAAGGCAGGUGAAAAGCAAGCUCACAAUCCUGGUCUUCAGGAGGGCAGACUUUGGCGUCUUCAAAGAUCCACUUGGAAGAGUCUUGUGGGAUAAGACCCUGGAGGGAAGAGGGGCCUAAGAAAGCCAGUUAAUAUUCAAGAAUCAUGUCCUCCAAACUCAAGAGAGCACAAUUCCAAUGAGCAAAACAUCAGGCAAAGAUGCCAGGAGGCCUGUGUGGAUGACUCAAACAGAAAAAAGAGAAGCAUACAGCGGGUUGAAGCAAGGAUGGGUAACCUGGGAAGACUACAGAAACAUUGUCUGAGCAUGCAGGGCUGACAUUAGGAGUGCUAAAGCCCAAAUGGAAUUUAAUUCAGCCAGGAAUGUCACAGUCAACAAGAAGGACUUCUGUAAGAACAUAGGCAACAAAAGGAAGACUUGGAAAAAGUGGGCCCACUGCUCAACAAGACAGGGGACUUGGUUACACAGGACAUGGAAAAAGUUGAAAUUCCAAAUGCCGCCUUUGCCUCAGUCUUUACUAGUGAGAUAAGCCUUCAAGAAUCCCAGGUUCCAGAGACCAGGGGGAAAGGCUGGAGCAAGGAAGAUGUACCUUUGGUGGAACAGGAUCAGGUCAGGGAAUACUUAAGCAAACUGAGCAUACAUAAGUCCCUGGGCUUGGAAGGGAUGCACCCAUCAGUGCUGAGGGAGCUGGCAGAUGUCACUGCAAGGCCACUCUCAAUAAUCUUUGAUUGAUCGUGGUGACUGGGAGAAGUGCCCCAAGACUGGAGUAAAGCAAAUGUCACUCCUGUCUUCAAGAAGGGCAAGAAGGAGGACCCAAGGAACUGUAGGCUCAUCAGCCUCACCUCAACCCCUGAGGAGCAAAUCGUAGAAACCAUUUCCAGGCACACAAAUGACAAAAAAUCCUUCAGGAGUGGCCAGCGUGGCUUCACCAAGGGGAAGUCAUGCUCAGCCAGCUUGAUAAACUUCUACAAUGAGAUGACUGGCCUGGUAGAUGAGGGGAGAGCAGCAGACACUGUCUGCCUGGACUUCAGGAAGGCCUUUGACACUGUCAAAGGAAAUUGUCAUAGGUGAGCUGUUGACGUAUGGAGUGGAUGCGCGGGCAGUGAGGUGAGUUUAAAAUGGGCUGAAUGUUUGAGCAUAGAGGUGGUGAUCGGUGGCAUGAAGUCUAGUUAGAGGCCAGUAACUAGCAGUGUACUCCAGGGGUCAAUACUGGGUCCAGUCCUGUUUAACAUCUUCAUUAAUGAUCUGGAUGAUGGGGCAGA